AUGGCGCCACGAACGUCCCGAUCAACCGCGUCCGCAGCUCCCGAUGCCCAGGCUCACGAGCCUACUGAAGACAACAUGAGUCUCGACGUGCCAGAACAACUAUUGACGCCUGAAAACAGCCGCUCGGAGACUUCAAGCAACAACGAGAACGCGCUGACCGACGAAACAUCCGCAGGACGGCGAAGGUCAACACGGGUUACUCGCGCAUCGUCGCGGCCGAGUGAGCCACUGGAGGACACACCUGAGAACGAGGAACCCGCAGCCUCAUCUAGCGAGGCCUAUGUCGACAGUCUUGCCAAGGCGAAACGCUCGCACUCUUCUUUACGCCACAGUAUUGCAGUAAUGGAAUCUUCCUUGCGGAGCGGAACCCCAGUCAACGAUGAUACUGCGGCCGACAGAACUAUGGCCCCCGACACGCCUGUCUCGAGGUCUUCCCAGGGCUUGCAAUCCGAGGAUAUGAAUAUGGCGCUUCAGCAGCGGACGCUACGAAACCGUGUGGGGAAGGAAUUGGUCGAAGACGAAGGAACGACCACGGCCGAACUAGUCCCAUCCCGAACCUCUCCGCGCAAAUCUCUACGACGGUCAGGUCGCUUCGAUUUAUUGAAUAAGGCUUCAGAUUUGGUCAUCCGGGCCAGCAGCAUACUGGGAAAGCGCACGAGAAGCCAGACAGACAAGGAUCUCGAUCGGCGUAGCAGUCUCCGCUCUCGCAAUAUUGUCCCGUCGAAAGAUGAAACGGCUCUUUCGACAGCCAACGGGCCAGCAUCGAAGAAGCGUCGGGUAUCUGAGAGCGACUUGUCCAAACUCCGGGAUCAGGAUAGUUCUGAAGAGGAACCGGCUGUGCCUGCUUCGUCGCGACCUAGGCGCAAGAUAUGGCUAUCACAUGGCCUCUAUACAGGACAGGAACCCUCAGACUCGCCUCCUAAGCAGCGUCGGAGUAAGAAUUCGAAGAAAACUGGAACGGGUCCCAUGCAUCGCACCAUCCUUCCUAUGCCUAUGUUCAAAGGUGCUCGGCUUUUGAAGACUGGACGGGACUACCUGCUGCCGUUUGAUAUCUUUUCACCACUACCACCUGGCCAGCCUAAGCCUGAUGAGUGGCGCAAGACUAACAAGAAUGUUUUUGUUGGUGAUGCCGGAAGCUUCUGGAAAGCCAACAAAAAACUCGAGCUGUCUACUUGUAUGUGUACCGAAGACACUGGCUGUGAUGAUAACUGCCAGAACCGCUAUAUGUUCUACGAGUGUGACAACGGUAACUGCAGGCUGGGUCCCGAGUGCGGUAACCGAAAUUUCGAGGGCCUUAAGCACCGGACCAAGGCCGGGGGCAAGUAUAACAUUGGAGUCGAAGUUAUCAAGACAGCAGAUCGCGGGUAUGGCGUUCGCAGCAAUCGUUCCUUCGAGCCCAACCAGAUUAUCGUGGAGUACACCGGCGAGAUUCUUACCCAGCUUGAGUGCGAGAGGAGGAUGAGAACAGUAUACAAAAACAAUGAGUGUUACUAUCUCAUGUAUUUUGAUCAGAAUAUGAUCAUUGAUGCUACUCGCGGUUCUAUUGCUCGCUUUGUUAACCAUGCCUGUGAGCCAAACUGCCGUAUGGAGAAGUGGACUGUCGGUGGCAAGCCACGCAUGGCACUAUUCGCUGGGGAUCGAGGAGUCUCGACAGGGGAGGAAUUGAGCUAUGACUACAACUUUGAUCCUUACUCUAGCAAGAAUGUUCAACAAUGCCGCUGUGGAUCAGCGAACUGUCGAGGCUUCCUUGGUCCCCGACUAAAGGAUAAGCAGCAACGUGCCAAAGAACUCGAGAAACGAAAGGCCGAGGGAAUUCAGCAGGCAACUACAAAAAAGGUCAUCGAUAAGAAGCGCAAGGCCUCAGAAGAAGUCGAAAGCGAUGACUCCCAUCAAGGUAAAAAGCGCAAGAUGACCAAGUCCAAGGCCAUCAAGGCCGGCGUGAAAAAGGCCAUGGCUACCGUUCGUGGGAAGAAAACAACCAAGACAACGGCAAAAUCCAAAAGCACAACCACUGUCAAGUCGAAGACCAACGUCAAGCUACCAACCGUGAAAGCUACAGGCCGGAUGAAGGCCACUGUUCGCUCUUCCCGGUCUAACAAAGCAGCCAAGGAACCCCCGGCUUCUCCCAAGAGAACAUCCCAACUCAAGAGGCCUUCUGCUGAGACUAAGAAACAAAUCCUCGCUGCUGCUUCCAAAGGCUCUGGGGCUUCUCCCCGCAAAUCUGCGAAGAAGGCCCCUACCCAGAGCCCCGUCAAAGCUAAGAAGCCUGCUCCUAAGGCUAAGAGCACUAGCAAAGGGAGAUUUGGCAAGGGAGUCAAAUCUGCGGCUCGCCGUGUUAUGAAGUCAGUGAAGGGAGCAAGGAAAUGA